AUGGGUGCUGGAAUAUUCGAGAAGAAAACACCUCCGGAGGGCUAUGUUUGUCGCAGAUGUCAUGUUCCAGGACAUUUUAUACAACACUGCCCAACUAAUUCUGAUCCUAAUUAUGAUUUCAAAAGAAAGAAGACUGCGUUUGCGGCUGCUCUUUUGCAACAAAAUGAGGCUGCUUUUGACAAGCAAUUUGAGUGCCCAACUUCAAAGAAAUCACAAGGGUCUCCAAGCGAUGUUCCACCAGAACUCCUCUGCACUUUGUGCAAGCAAGUGAUGAAAGAUGCUUCAUUGACUAGCAAAUGCUGUUUCGAUAGCUUUUGUGAUAGGUGUAUUAGGGAUCAUUUGAUAAACUCCAAGUUGAAAUGUGUAUGUGGAGCAACGCAAGUACUUACAGAUUCUCUUAUUCCUAACAUCACACUUAGAGGUACAAUUAACCGAAUUUUGGAGGUCGGUGUUCAUGGUAAUAGUAGCAGUGCUGAAAAUUCAACAUCCAAGGUAUCUUCAACUGUACUGUCCGCUGCUGAAUUGUCUGUGAAAGAUCAGAUAUCAUCACUUGAUUAUGCAGAAGAUACGGGAAAUAAGAGGAAGCCUGUUGACGCUCCAAACUCUAUCGCUAAGAAAGCCAGAACUGCAAUCGGGUCAAUGGAAUUGGAGGAGGUAACAUCACAAGGAAGUGUUCAAGCGCAGGAAAAUACGAUUGCAGUGGAGAAGAAAGUGCAGCAAAAGGUGGUUUCUGGUGAGAAAGGAAAGAAAAAGAAAGACAGGAGAAGUAGUGAAGAUGUUGAAGUUGGAAGCUAUAUGAUUCCAGAUGCGUUUUGUGCAUAUAAUCCAUAUCCUUAUUGGGCUGGUAUGCAAGCUGGGAUGGAGGGAUUUUAUUAUGGUGGUGGCAUGGAUUAUGGCUCUUAUGGGAUGCAACUUGGGAGGUAA